AUUCACCACGUUUCUGCAUCAUGCGAAAGAAGGUCGGGAAAUCCCGUCGAGAUAAAUUUUACUUUUUGGCGAAAGAAACAGGCUAUCGUAGUCGUGCUGCCUUUAAGUUAAUCCAAUUAAAUAGAAAACAUCAGUUCUUAAAUAAUGCUGCAGUGUUGAUUGAUCUUUGCGCUGCCCCGGGUGGAUGGCUUCAAGUGGCCAGCAAAGAAUUGCCUGUUUCAGGAAAGAUUAUUGGAGUAGAUCUAGUUCCUAUACAAGCCAUCCCACGAGUCGAAACCUUUAUUGCCGACAUUACUUCAGAUAAAUGCAGAGCUGUACGUCUAGGAUAUUUAUUGUUAAGUUCUUUGCUAAAAACCAGGGCUGACGUUAUUCUUCACGAUGGAUCUCCUAACGUUGGAACCGCUUGGAGUAUCGACGAGUACUCCCAAGCUCAACUUAGCUUACAGGCUUUCUCACUGGCCACUGAAUUUCUUAAUAGAGGGGGCUGGUUUAUUACAAAGAUAUUUAGAAGUAAGGACUAUGAAGCGUUCAAGUGGAUUCUUAUGAAUUUCUUCCGGAAGGUGCACGUGGCCAAGCCUGAAGCCUCUCGUCUUGAGUCUGCGGAGAUAUUUUUGAUUGGACAAGAUUAUAUUGCUCCAGAUAGAAUCGAUCCAAAAUUUUUGGAUCCAAAACAUGUAUUUAGUGAACCUGAGAUUCCUCUUGAUCGGAAUGCUCUUGUAUCCAAAUUUCUCAAUACUAAGGAUUUCAAAAAGUUAGAUUAA